GCAAAAACAAGCGAAGGCAAGAAGUGGAACAAGACAAAGCCGUCCUCUUGUAAUAUUCGAUAGCACGUCUAAUACUAACAUCAAUUAAGUCGUGCAUGCCACACUAACUAACGAUCUCCCAUCAACUAACUUUUUUGCGCAAAUUUGAUUCUGUCCAUUCAUAUAUAAAUUCUACGUACGCAACACAACAUACCAAAUAUCUACCUCCAAAUUUAUUCACUAAAUUCAUUCACUAAUUAUUUGGAGGAGCUCCAAAAAAAAACAAAAAAAAGUUAUCAAUGAAAUUCUCUCCACAUUUUGGGUUAGUUAUGGCACUAGCCCUAGGAGUGAUCUUAAUGUCAGCUCCAACAGCUCAGUGUUUUACAAUGUUUGGCUUUGAUUUUUCUGAUUUUUUUUCUUUUGCUUCAAAACCAACAUCGACUGAUGAUGUUAUUGCACUAUCACCUGGUCUUGCUCCUGCUCUUGCUCCUGCUCCUGGUCCAGGUUCGGCGUUGCGUACCUCGCGACGUUCCGGUCCAUUUUCGUCUUCGUCGACUACUUCUACUUCUGGUUUGGUUGUUGGUUUCUAUAAUGAUAAAUGUAGUUCGGAUGUUGAAGCCAUCAUCGAAGCUUUGGUUGCUGAAGAAUUUGACUUGGAUCCUACCAUUUUACCUGCCCUUCUUCGUCUCCAGUUUCAUGAUUGUUUUGUCAAGGGUUGUGACUCAUCCCUCCUUAUAGAUGGGCCAACAAGUGAGAAGACCGCAGAUUCUAAUUUCAGCGUAAGGGGCUAUGAACUAAUUGAAAAAUUGAAGGCCGCCAUGGAAGAAGCAUGUCCGGAUGUUGUUUCUUGCUCUGAUAUUGUCGCCAUUGCUACUAAAGUAGUUAUCAAGUUGGGAGGAGGACUUGAUUUCCCGGUGGAAACAGGAAGAAGAGAUGGACUCGUUUCGAAUGCUGCAGAUGUGGAUCUUCCAAGCCCUUCCAUGACAGUUGCACAAAGUGCAGCAGUUUUCGCAGCAAAAGAUUUCGACAUUGAAGAAAUGGUUGUCCUUCUAGGUUAUCACGCUGUCGGAAUCGCACAUUGUGGGUUCAUCGAAGACCGACUAAGUCCAGGCAAUAGCCAAUUUGACGCAGAUAUGGACCCAAGCCUUCGUGCGGAGCUAACACAACUUUGUCCCGUAGGAGUUCCUAACAACAACUUCACUCCCCUUAAUCAAGAUCCAACUAACAACAACACCUUAGACAACACUUUCUACGGUCAGCUCAUCCAAGAGCGAGGAGUUCUCUCACUCGACCAACUGUUGUCUCGUGAUCCCGCAACUGCUGGAAUUGUUGCAGCAUUGGCACAAAAUCGUACCUUGUUUGACAUCAGAUCAGCACAAGUCAUGAUUAAGCUGCAAGCUGUUGAAGUUCUAACAGGCACUGAUGGUGAAAUAAGGAAAGUUUGCAGCAAAUUUAACUGAUAUAAUAUUUAAAACCCCCUAUUUGACCAUAUUGAUUUAUGCUAAACUACUGCUAAUGCUAUUUAUUUGUUGAUUUGUUGGUUUCUUUUCUUUUGGACAAUGUAUUUCAAGUGAUCUUCUGAACCAUUGUUGGUUUCGAUAUAAUAUUGCAUUCACGUUAAUAUAUAUGGAGAUUUUGGUUACUCUUCGACUCUAA